CAAAGGGAGAUGCUACCUUCGUUGACCAAAUACGUCAAGUCCGACCUCCGAACCCUCUCCCUCCUCCGCCACCCCCGCCUCUCCAUGCGCGAAGCCAAGCGAAUCCACGCCCACCUCCUCGUCACCGGCACCAUCUCCGACCCCUACGUCGCCGGCAAGCUCGUCGCCUUCUGCGCCGUCUCCGACCGCGGCGACCUCGACUACGCGGGCCUCGUCUUCCGCUGCCUCCCCUGCCGCUCCGCGUUCCUCUGGAACACCAUGAUCCGAGCCCACGUCGAGAGGGGGCGUCCCGCCGACGCCCUUUGCCUUUAUUACCAGAUGUUUGCCGCCGGCUUCCUGCCCAACAACUACACCUUCUCGUUCCUGCUCCGCGCCUGCCUCGACCGCGAUUCCUUGUCGGACGGCCGCAAGUUCCACGCCAUGAUCGUAGGGCUGGGUUGGGAGUCGUACGAUUUCGUUCAGAACGGGCUGAUUCAUAUGUACUCUUAUUGCGGCUGCGUCGACUCCGCCCGCAAGCUGUUCGACUGUAGCUCCAACAGAGACGUCAUUUCGUGGACUGCGAUGAUUAACGGGUACGCUAAGUUGGGAAAAUUGGAUGCUGCUCGCGAGCUGUUCGAUCGGAUGCCUGAAAGAAAUGCAGUUUCUUGGAGUGCUAUGAUCACUAUGUAUGCCCAAUUCGGGAGAUUCAAAGAAGCGCUGGAAGUCUUCAGCGAGAUGCAGCUUGCCAGGGUUCGGCCUAAUCAUGCGGGCAUCGUUGGUGCUCUGUCCGCCUGCGGUUCUCUCGGGGCUUUGGACCAGGGGAAGUGGAUUCAUGUGUUUGCAGAAAGGAAUGGAAUGGAGUUGGACAAAAUCCUAGGAACUGCAUUGAUCGAUAUGUAUGCCAAAUGCGGAUGUGUCAAUAAUGCCUUGGAAAUCUUUCAUUCGAUGCCCGAGAGAGAUGUGUAUGCAUACACAGCAAUGAUCUCAGGUUUAUCGAACAGUAGGCACAUCGAGGAGGCGAUGGAUCUAUUCAGCAGAAUGGAAGAGGAAGGAGUGAGGCCGAACGAGGUCACUUUUAUCUGUGUCCUAAGUGCAUGUGGACGAAUGGGUCUGGUAGACAGAGGGAGGGAGAUCUUUGAGAGUAUGGAGGGGGUCUACAAGAUCAAGCCAGGAGUAGAGCACCAUGGGUGCUUGGUGGAUCUCUUGGGCAGAGCAGGACUCGUCGAGGAAGCAAAGAAGGUGGUGAGAGAGAUGCCCAUGGAGCCAGACUCAUAUGUGUUGGGUGCCUUGUUAAAUGCGUGUAGCAUGCAUGGAGAGGCAGAACUAGGGAGGGAAACUGUCGAGAGCUUAAAGAAGCUGGGCCUUGAUCACGGUGGAGUGCAUGUGUUGAUGUCAAACAUGUGUGCCUCAGCUGAUAGGUGGGAGGAUGUUGCUAGGGUGAGGAGGGAUAUGGAGAUGAGGAAGGUGAUGAAAGUGCCAGGUUGUAGCAUGAUUGAGGUCGAUGGUGUAGCUUGUGAAUUUAUUGCCGGAGACAGAUCUCACGCACAGAUGAAGGAAAUUUUGGUGGCGAUAAAGCGGAUCGACAUGCAACUUCGGUCUUUUGGUGAUGAUACUUUUGCGAUAGAAUUUGAACAGAAUCCUUAGAUCAUAGGAGUUUACUGCUUGCAACUGUGUGGAGUUACACUGCCUCCUAUCGCCGGUGUUGAUUGAAGUUAAUAUCUGUUGCCUCCCGGUAAUUUCCAGGCAAAACUAAUUGUCAGUUGACUGAGGUGGCAUGUGGGAGUUGAAAGGUGGUGCUAAAGAGGAGAUAGCUGUACAGCAGAUGCGCAAACAGGAUCACAAACAAAGAACUUUUAUUGCCGGGGAUGACCUGAUUUAUGAUCUAACGAGUCUUGAUACGUAAAAUGGUUUUGUUUCAAGUGGUUGCAAGUUCAUGAGGACCAAUUUGUGGCAGUACCACAUCUGUGGAGGCAUGUGAAUCCCAUGGAUUCCCAGCCCAAUUUUGGGAAUGGUGUCAUCGAUCAAUCAAAAUCCGAAGAGUCGCUGCAGCAGCGUAAUUGCCUUGUCAGCUAAAAGAAACAUGCGUGGGGAAGAAGAAGAAGAAAAA